AGUUUCGCUUCACUUCUCUAGGGUUUCUCAAACGCAUUAUAGAAUCUCUCCACUCUCAGAUUUCCUCUAUAGAUUAAAGAAGCAUCGGAGAACUAAUUCCGUCGCCGGAAACCGAACGCCGUUGCCGGAAACAAAAAACCUGAACCGAAAAAAAUGUCAAGCAAGAAGAAACACAAACGAAAACACAGCGACAGCGAUGAAGACGACGACGUUUUCUACUACCGCUACUGCGCUUCGUCCUCAACCCCCAACACCACCACCGGCACCACAUCCAGUAAUCAACCCCAAUCAAAACCGAACAACAAAGGAUCAUCAAUAGGAGGAACAGGUGAACCCUUAGCACCAUCAAAAUCGACGCUAUACGUUUCUAAUCUAGAUUACUCCCUAACAAACUCCGAUCUCCAUACGCUCUUCUCUACUUUCGGCCGCAUCGCGCGUGUAACCGUUCUCAAAGACCGUCACACGCGCCUAAGCCGCGGUGUCGCGUUUGUCCAAUUCGUUUCUCGUAAUGACGCCCAACGCGCCGUGGCGGAGAUGAAUAAGAAGAUUCUCAAUGGAAGGACUCUAACUGCUUCUAUUGCUGCUGAUAAUGGACGUGCUCCGGAGUUUAUUCGGAAGCGCGUGUACAAUACUGAGACUGCUUUGUGUUAUGAGUGUGGGGGGCAUGGUCAUUUGUCGUAUGAGUGUCCUAAGAAUCAGUUGGGGCCGAGGCCGCGGCCUCAGCCUAAGAAGCCGCGACGGGGAUUUAGUGGGCUGAGGGAUAGGGAUGGGGAGGAGGAAGGUGAUGAGGAGGAGGAGGAGGGUGGUCAGAUUGCUGCGGAGCAGUUUGACGAUAAUUGGGCUUCUGUUGUGGAUGAUGAAGCGGGUGAAAGGUUGCUGGGGAGAAACAGAAAUGAUGAUGAGGGUUUGGACAACAACAAGACGAAGAAGAAAGGGAAGAAAGCUGGGUAUUUCAGUGAUGAGAGUGAUCAUGAUGAUGAUGAUUGAUCAUGACUAUGUAGCAUUGACACUUCAGAUUGAAGGUGUGUGUUUGGUAUUCCGCAUUACCGCAUUAUUCAACUAGUCCUGUGUGUCGUGUCUAUAUAUGUGCCAGUGUUUCAUAGAUCUAAAUGGCAAUUUUUUGUUUUUAUCAAGAUAUGGUGUAAUUGAUGAAAUUGUUUAUAUGUUGUUGGCUUGGUUGGAUGUGUUUAUGGUUUUGAUCACAAGCACAUGUUAGUUAUUAGUUAUUGUGGUAGUAAUUAGUGAUAGUG